AUGGCGACCAAAGUGAACGAGAACGGCAAAAAGCCGCCGUCCGUGGCGACGAAUCUGAUAGCUGGUGGAGGCGCAGGUAUGAUGGAAGCGCUCGCAUGCCACCCUCUCGACACGAUAAAAGUCCGCAUGCAACUCUCGCGCCGUGCUAGGCAACCCGGCGCCCCUAAGAGGGGCUUCCUGAAGACGGGAGCCGAGAUCGUGAAACGCGAGACGCCGCUCGGUCUGUACAAAGGUCUCGGCGCCGUCAUGACGGGUAUCGUUCCGAAGAUGGCGAUUCGAUUCUCGUCCUUCGAAGCCUAUAAGCAGAUGUUGGCGGACUCGGACGGCGGCGUGAGCGGAUCGGGGACUUUCAUGGCCGGACUGGCUGCCGGAGUCACCGAGGCCGUCGCUGUCGUGACGCCCAUGGAGGUGAUCAAAAUCAGACUACAGGCGCAGCACCACAGCAUGGCAGAUCCGCUCGACGUGCCCAAGUACCGCAACGCCGCCCAUGCGCUUUACACCGUCGUUAAGGAAGAGGGUGCUGGCGCCCUGUACAGAGGAGUCUCCUUGACGGCGCUGCGACAGGGCAGCAACCAGGCUGUCAACUUCACGGCGUAUACGUAUUUCAAGGAGGCCUUGAAGCGAUACCAGCCGCAGUACGAGGGAGGAAACUUGCCCGGCUAUCAAACAACGCUCAUAGGAUUGGUCAGCGGUGCGAUGGGCCCUUUGAGCAAUGCGCCUAUCGACACAAUCAAGACGAGAUUGCAAAAAUCACCAGCCGAGCCGGGUGUGAGCGCGUUGCAAAGAAUUCAAAAGAUCUCAUCGGAGAUGUUCAAACAAGAGGGCAGUAGGGCCUUUUACAAGGGUAUAACGCCGCGCAUCAUGCGAGUCGCCCCAGGCCAGGCUGUCACAUUCACCGUGUACGAAUAUCUGAAGGCUCAGCUGGAGAAGAGCAGUCCCUCUAUAAUAAGCGGCGGCAAGUACGAGGAGUAG